AUGAGGCCUGAGAACCAGAGCAGAGUGUCUGAGUUCCUCCUCCUGGGGCUCCGCAUCCCACCAGAGCAGCAGGGCCUGUUCUUUGCCUUAUUUCUAUGCAUGUACCUGACCACAGUGCUGGGGAACCUGCUUAUCAUCCUGCUCAUCAGGCUGGACUCUUGCCUCCACACUCCCAUGUACUUCUUCCUCAGCCAUCUAGCCUUCUCUGACAUUUCCUUUUCAUCUAUCACUGUCCCUAAGAUGCUGAUAAACAUGCAGAUUCAAUGUCAAUCUAUCACAUAUGCAGAGUGCAUUUUACAGGUCUAUUUCUUUAUAUUCUUUGGUUGCCUUGACAGCUUUCUUCUUGCAGUGAUGGCAUAUGACAGAUAUGUGGCCAUCUGUCACCCUCUCCACUACACCACCAUCAUGAGGAAUGAGCUCUGUAUCAUCCUAGUGGCUGGAUGCUGGGUCUCCUCUUGUGCUCAAGCCCUGUUGCACACCCUCUUCGUUGACCAGUUAUCCUUCUACAUGGACGGAAGAAACCAGACCAGCACCUAUGAAUUUCUUCUCGUGGGCCUCUCUGAGUGGCCAAAGCAGCAACUUCUCCUGUUUGUGCUCUUUUUAGGCAUGUACCUGGUCACCGUGGUGGGAAACCUGUUCAUUAUCCUGGCCAUUGGCUCUGAUGUGCACCUACACACUCCCAUGUACCUUUUUCUGGCCAACCUGUCCUUCUCUGACAUUGGUUUUAUCUCUACAGUAAUUCCCAAGAUGUUAGACAAUAUUGGCUCAGGAAGUAAACUGAUUUCUUAUGGUGGGUGCCUGACACAGCUCUAUUUCUUUGGCCUAUUUGCAGAUCUGGACAAUUUUCUCUUGGCUGUGAUGGCACUUGAUCGCUAUAUGGCCAUCAGCUACCCCCUCCAAUACACCAUGACCAUGAACUACCAACGCUGUGUCCUGUUGGUGGCUGGGUCAUGGCUGGUCACUACCUUCCAUGCCCUAGUGCAUACUCUCCUAGUGACCAGGCUUUCCUUCUGUGGCCCCAGUAUCAUCCCCCACUUCUUCUGUGAUCUGGUCCCACUCCUGAAGCUGGCCUGCUCCAGUACUUAUGUCAAUGACCUGAUGCUCAUCCUUGUGGCAGGAACAUUGUUAAUUGGACCCUUUGUCUGCAUCCUUAUGUCUUACUUUUACAUUGCAUUGGCUAUCCUGAGAAUUGAUUCCCCAAAAGGUAAGCAAAGGGCCUUCUCUAACUGCACCUCCCACCUCUCUGUGGUCUCUCUGUUUUACAGCACAGCUAUUGGGGUCUAUUUGUGUCCUCCAUCAUCCUCCUCGGGUGGAAAGGACAGAUUCUUCUCAGUAAUGUAUACAGUGGUGACCCCCAUGCUGAACCCCUUCAUCUACAGCUUGAGAAACAGGGACAUGAAAGAGGCACUGGGAAAACUACUGAGAAGAAAAACACUCUAA